UACAAACGGGGGACCCGCGGGGACCCGCGGGGGAUUGCCUCUUGGGAGCACUGCAUACCAAAUGUAAAAGUGGAAGCUCCCUAGUAUACAAAGGUGUCAUGGACAGCUCACUGGAAAACACAGCUAUUUCUUUGUCAAAUUGUUCUUUAGGGUCAGAAUUUACUGCAACUGGAAGAGAGAACAGCAUCAGAUCUAAUUUCCUGAAAAGUUUUAAAGACUGGGAUUGGUAUCUUGAUGAUGAGCAAGAUUCUUUUUGUGAUUCAAAUGGUCUAGAAAUAGAAGAAAAGUCCAUUAUUUGCUCUGAAACUGAUGCAAUUCAAAAUCCAGCUAUAUACAUGGAAACAGGCCAUACCUUACCAUCUCAUUUGGCUGCAAAUACACAAGAAAAUAGUGACCAAAAUAUUGUCAGUAGUUUGUUAAAGAAAAUUAUGAGGGGAACUGAUGCUCAGGCAUGCAAUAGCCAAGGCUUAAUACCACCUCACAUCGGUCAAAUUUAUGAUGAAUUAUUUAUAAUACAUCAGAAACUUCAGAGAGAAAGUUCAGCACAGCAGGAGUAUGCUCUGCAACUCCAGAAACGAGAGCGUUGUCUAACAGAACGAGAAGCAUUGCUUUUUAAACAUGAAGCAGCUUUGGCUAAAAUAAGAGGUGUUGAGAAAGAAGUUCACACAAAAUUUGGAGCUAUAAAAGAGCGGCAUGAGGCAGAAGUUAAACAGCUAACAGAAGCCUUGAGAGAAAUAACUAAAGAAAAUAGGAGGCUGAAGUCAUCAUUUGACACCUUGAAGGAAAUGAAUGACUCUUUGAGGAAACAGUUAAGUGAUGUAACUGAACUAAACAAGAAGUUGGAAGGUCAAGCACGAAAAGUACAAGCACGUUUAGAAAACCUGCAGAGGAAGCAUGAAUUUUCAGUCGUACGGAAGUCUGACAAUAUACGUCAAGUGAUGCAACAAAGCAAACCUGUGAAACAGGAAAAAGUGAUGGGAACAUCAAAAAUAGCUAAGCUACCAUUGCAUUCACAAGUUUAUGAGCUCUUAACUUUUCUUAUGGAUUGGAUCUCAGACGAGCAUCUUAGCAAAAUUAAAACACAAGAAGAAAGAGAGGACAGUCAUGAACUUGUGGUUACCCAGAGCUCAAAUAAACCCUCUACUCGGCAAAAGUGUAUGAAGCUUUUGCCUAUAGCUACUGAGCAACUCCAGUGGAUGCCAUAUGUGAAUUCUAAACUGCACAUGCCUGUAAUUAAAUUUAUUUACUGGUCUAUAAGACAGCUGGACACUGAUACACAGCAUGCAACAAUGAGAUCAACAAUGAGGAGACUGGGCGAAGAUAUUUUCAAAGGCAUCGUGAGCAAGGGAAGCCCACAUGGUUCUUCUGAACAGUCUGUAGAGAGUAAAUCAAAAUCAGCAGCUUUCUUUAAGAGUUCCUGUAUGCCUCUGAGAUUUCUGUCAACUUUAAUUGUGCUCAAAACAGUGACACAAGUGGAUUACCUGGCUCAGGCAUUUGAUUCCCUUCGCAUAGACUUGAAGACAGAUGAAGGGAAGGCCUUAUUUUUGGAAUACCAGUGUGUGCCUGUUGUAUUAAGUCACUUAAAAGUAUCCAGUAGAGGUCUGCUUUCCAGUGCUCUUGAUGGAUUACUUCAGAUGACCAUGGAAUCUGGUUUUUUACAGCCUUUCCUGGAAGCGUGCAGUAAUGAAUCCUUCUUCCGCACUUGUUCUGUAUUGCUUCGAAGUUCUAAGCUAGAUGUUCCAGUUUUGGAAAAGCUCUGUGUUAUCCUGCAAAAACUCUCCAGAAUAAAAAGCAAUAAGAAGAUGUUUGAAUUGUUUGCUCUUCACCAAAUGAUUCAAGAGUUGCAUAGGACUACAAAUCCAGAUCACACCUUCCUCUAUAUAAACCUCAAUUCAAUUCUGCUGAAUUUGGGAUUGUUGAGGGGUAACUCUCUUGCCUCCAGUCUAAGCACAAGUCAAUAGCACUAUCUUUCAAUCUAAUUAUUGUUCUGUAUAAUUUAUGCAACUGCCUAUGUUACUUGAAAUUUGACAUUUUUUUAAUACUGAUUUUUAUAAAUAAAGCAGAACCUCAGUACUGUAUAAUUCACUGUGUAUUGUGUGGAUUCUCAUUGAUAAAAAAGAUUCUCAUUUAUAAAAAGGAAAAUGAAAAAUUAUGUAAUAUGCUAAGUGACUUUCUUUAGUACUUUUUAAGAAAGUGAAAUAAUGCUGCUGUUCUGAAUGACUCAUGCAAUCUAAGGAAUUGGAUCCUUUGAGUAAGCAGAUCAGAAAUGCCAACUUUUCCUUACAGUUAUGAGUCUUAGUUACCUUUGACUCUUCAGAGAAUUUUAUAAAUUACUUUAUUUAUUUUAGGGUUGGUAAGAAACAGACAGGUAUCUUAUGAAAUUAUCUUUUGAGAUAAUUAGAGUUUUAAUGAUUAAAACUGGAUUUUGAUUUAGCAUAACUAGAUGUAUUGAAUGAGAAAUUUUGUUGGUUUCAUUUCAGAAUAUCUUAGUGUUUGUAUGGUUUGUUCCUGUAUUGAAAUAACAUUUAGUAUUUUAUCCUGCUUUGUAUAAAUUUCUAGUGCAACUUUGGAUUGUAAUGUCUCUGCAAAUGUAACUAAAAGCAUUUCUUAAAAUGCUGGCAAUAGUAAUCCCUAGUGUAAAAUUACUGUAUUUUAUUGUUUCUGCUAUGUUUUGUAUUAAUUUGCAAUACAGUCCUUGUAGUACCCACAUUUCUUUUCUGAGUAUGGGUGUAGUUUUUG